AUGACUGCAAACGGGAAAAUAAAUAAGAACAGAGUAAUUCCUGUUCAGCUGACUGUCGAGGAAGACCAAAAAUUAGUUGAAGAAAACAAGGGAGCGCACGCAUCUCCAUUAGUGCCGAGCUUUGAGGAGAAGGAGAGCCCUGAGUUUAACCGGAAAGUACGGGUAGUUUCUCCAUUAAAAUCGGCAGGUCAAGCAAAGGUGACUGUGUCAAAAUGGAGAAAAUAUGCCAGGAAAAGAGCCGACAUCGCAGCAUGGCACGAAUAUCAAAAAGCACGCAUCGAUUUUCCAACUAUCCGUGAAAGCAUGAGAGUAAAUCAUCAUCGUAUGAACGCGGCGCAACUUAGCGAUUUGGAAGAACUCGUGGAGAUCACUUCGCAAGAGAAACGUAGAAAAGAUGGCGGGGUAUCUACAGUAAGCUCCCCCAGCAGAGCUCUGCUUUAUUAUUUCGCCAAGUUAGCUGCGUCGACACGCGAGGAGGAGGUAAUUGAUCUAGAGUUCGUUGAAACGCUUAUCGAAAGCGGAGCGUCCGUGAAUACAGCUGAUAGACAUGGGCAGACAUUGUUACACGAAGCAGCCAGACAGUGGGAUCUCUCCGUAGCUAAAUUGUUGCUUGAAAGAGGUGAGGCAAAAAAAUUGAAGUUUUCAGAGUAAGAAUAAUGAUUUUCUAACUUUGUCGGGCAAAAGACGCCCAAGUCUUAAGUCCAAGAAUUCAAUACACUUUUAAAAAAAGUAAAAUCGUGAUCGGGAAUUUUUUACCUUAGAUAUGUUGGGUCAUCAGUGCUAGAAAUUUGUUUCUUGAAAAUAAUUAUUAAUACAUACCGAGCGUAUUACACAAAACGUUUUCAGCGAGUAUAUAUUUUACUCAAUAAAUAUUGGAAUUUCCUAUUGAUAGGAGUCAGUGAAUCACUCAUAAAAAUGUUUUUUGUAAACAUACCAAAUGAGCUUUUUGAGUUACAAAAUGAAAAGGCAACAAUGUGGCUUCAGGCCAGUCAAUAUUAUCAGCUUCCUCAAUUUUUAAUCAUUCACAAAAAUUAAAAUUAAGCGAAAGAUAAGAUAAAAGGUGACUGGAAAUUAAAAUUAUCACCACAAGUCUGUUUGGCAAUAUUUUAUAUAGAUUUCGAAGCGGAACUGUCUAUUAUGUUAAGGCACGCGAAUCCGUGACAAUAGGAGACAAUAACGACAAAUUUUCGUUCCUCCAUACUCAAGUCCUAACCCUAUUUUUAAUUCGACCUUUUUUAAGUUUUUCUUUUUUGACGGAUAUUUAUAUUUUUCAAUAAAACGGCAGGAAUUGCUUUAUAUAUAUAGCAAAACUGGUAAGAAAAUAAUUAAUAUUUCUUUGUAGCAGAUGUUAUUACAACUCGUAUCUCAUGUUUUUCUUUUUUAUAACUCAGUUUUAAUGAUAAUUUCAAGAUGUCACUGAUAAGAUUUUUUUCUUUAAAAGGUGAAAUCCAGUUACCUUAAGGAUCUAUUUCAACCCUUUCAACAAUUUUUAAACGUCUUAGUUUGGAUAAAAAAAAAUUAUGGGUGCGGUCUAACGAAAACAAAUAUUUAUCCCGAGAUCUUGGUUAAAUAUGGUGUUGUUGCAGUUUUAUUAAAUAUAUGCUUACUUUUUCAUUUUCUUCUUUUCAAGCUAAAUAAUGAAAUACGCACAUCAAACUAGGCUAAAUUAACUAAACAAAGACAACCAGUGAGGCUCAAUCGCCCCUUGAAGUUCAAAAAUGAAUUAGUGCAUGUUUUCCUAAUAUACGAGAUAAACUAAAUAAAUUUGCGAUACGGCACUGCUAUUGCAGAUGUUCACGUUCUCACGGAAAAAAAUCAACAUGAGAGCCUAAACAUCAAUUAUUACAAGUUUCUUACCUCGAUGCGAGAAAAAAAGGAUGUCUUGAGAUCUAAUGCCUUAAUCUAAUUCGUGACUCUAAGUGAGACUGACAAAUCUUUUCCGGAUCAAUUGGCGUUUAUUGGAAUUUUCUUCUGUCUUUUUUUUUAUUUCUAGAGUAGGUCGGUUCUCCUGUUAUAUGGCUGAGGAAGGAAAGGAAAUUCCGCUAGCAUGACGAAGCGAUAGAGAUGAAGGCCGCUCUAGCAUUUGUUGUUUAUCAACUGCUGUACAUUAAUUAUCUACUUAGGAAUAAUACUGUCAUAUUUAUGAGUCUACGAGCAAUUCAGUAUGAGAGAAGAUUGAAAUGCAAAUUGGCAUUCAUUAUACAAAAAAUCGAUCCUUUUGAAAUGGUCCUUGUAAAUAGCCUGCGAACUCUAACAGAUAGCGUUCUCGGGCUAUUUACAAGGACCAUUUCACUGAUAAGGAUCGAUUUUUUUGUAAAAUGAAUGCCGAUUUGUAUUUCAAUCUUCACUCAUACUGAAUUGCUCGUAGACUUAUAAAUAUGACAGUAUUAUUCGAAUUUUUGAUGAAAGGAUGUUUUCCCUGAAGUCACGGGCUAGGGUCUUGCUUCUUGUCCCAGACACUGGUUUUGUUUUUGUUCUUUCAUGAGAGCCCUUGAGAUAUCUCCCUCAUAAAUCUGAUCUGAGCACGGCCGACGUGGGCCAAAAAUUUGCUUUAAAAGUGAAUCCGCGUUCUUUCAAUUUUCAUGGCGAUUAUUCCAAUUCACUUUGUCAAAUUGAGUUGAAUUCCAAAAAAUAAAAUUCAAGUUCAGAAACUGACCCGAAAUUUCUUCGUCGCAUGUUUAUUUCCACCAUUAAAACGUUAAAUUAUGCAUCUUAUCGUUGUCAGGUUGCAACAUGUUGCUUUUUUGACGUUCUUGUUGGUGUCGCCAUCGUCGGAACGUAAGGUCCCUAUGUAAGGGCCCCAUGUGCAUUCAUGGGCGUGGUUGUGCAAAAGCAUCUUAGAGAGGAAGGCUAUCUCCAAACCUUUAAUACUAUAAAUCAUCAAGCUCUCUCCGUAUAAUACACCUUUUAAAACAGAGGCAGAAAAACCUUCACUCAAAAAUAUCGGUUCCUUCCUCUUUCUUCACUGGCAACUAAUUGAGAGCCAACCUCAAACGAGCAUGGUCUCUUAAUGAUUUUGUAAAAGCAAACCAAGAAAAAGCCCCAAAAUAAUUCUAGUAAUGGAGGGCUCGAGUCUGGUUUGUCUAUUAAUCAGAGAAAUAACGACCAGAAUUCUUUGUUUCAUUUCAGUCAGUGACAGGAAAAGACUGGGAAAGUAUCCGAGUUUUCCUAACAGAGACGAACCUAUGAAAUAAUUAUUCAUAAAGGCAUUGAGACCCUCAUAAAGCUGCGUCUCCGACUGAAAGCAUUAUUGUCGUUUUCGUUAAAAGCUACCAGCCUUAAAAUCGGUCAUCAUCAUGUCAUCAUCGGCUCAUAUUAAUACACUCGGGAAAGUAAGAAAGCAUAUCUCUCAAUCAUUUCAGUGUUCUGAGUGCGAACUUGCCUUGUCGCCUAGCUCCUGUAGGGCGUUCCCCAGGUCUUCUCGGUUCCAGGCCGAACGGAAUAAUGAGGCCUAACGCUAGGUAAUAAGCGGACGAUGCGCUUUUCCUACAUUACUUCAAUGUCCACUUACUGCAGAUCUGCACGUGAUUUUUUCAAUUUAGCCUCUAACAUGCCUCUAAAUUAGUGUUCCCAGUGUUUAUUCAGUCUGUGUUUGAUAGUAAGCAUUUAACAGGUGCACAUACAGCUAUUUUAAUUAACCUUGUCAGAUUUUAAGGCAUCAAGCCAAAGCGAUAAAAAAUUAAAAUUUGCGGGUCUCACUUCAUGGCUGUCAGUCCCAUAGAAUGGUAUGAAAAACGUUUACCUUUGUCAGUUUAUGACGUCAGGGGAAUCGUGCUUCAAUUGGCUGAGUUUGGCAAUUUUCAAAUGAAAUUUUCCAUAUUGCUUCGUGGUCUCGUUGCUUUAGCUUUAGCUAACUUCUUUAAUGUAAAUGGUCGUAUAUCACCUGAUUAACUAGGUCGUAAACAACUCUGAUUAUUUCAGCCUCAACCAUGACAUGCUGAGCCAAACAAACGCUUGCUUCUUGUUCCUUUUCGUCACCAGGGGCAUCUGUCAAUCAAGCAGACAAGUAUGGCCGCACCCCUUUGCACGUGGCCGCCGCAGUGGACUAUCCAGAGAUGGUACAGUUCCUCGUUCAGCGGGGAGCAGAUAUCCACGCCAAAACUGGUAAAGAACAGCAGACGCCUGUGCAUUUUGCAGCACGCAAUGACGCAGCUUUAUCGCUGAAAAUGCUGUUGAAAUGUGGUGCUGAUAUAACAGACAAAGACUUUAAACAGAGAACGGCUUUGCAGGUAGGUUAGACUUUCUCAAUUCAUAGGUUUCAUUCGGAGUGUUUUUGUCAAGGAAGCUCUGCGAUAUGAUUUUGAGUAUUACCGUAUUUUUUUUCGGUUAUAAGGUGCACUCGGUUAUGAAACGCACACCAAACUUUUUAACGCGAUUUUUCUAAGUUAAAAAACUGAAAAUUAAGCCAAAAUACCCGGCUAUAAGGCGCAGCCGCGAUUUUGGGCGAUGUUCACCUUAACCACAGCAUCAGGCUUUCCAACAACACUGAUUACGGCCAUUCACCUAUGUGAACAAAAGGGGAAAAGGUUAAAUUUUUCGAUCAAAAGCGAAAAAAUCACACCUAUUAACAUAAAAUGCAUUGUUUUCUAAAGCUUCGAAUACUUAGAGAAUCCGUUUUUGUUCCAUAAACAAGUCAGCUGUCUUGUAAGUAUGUUAACUUUGUGUGCCUUCAACGAAACAUCAUUGGGUAACUGACAUAUGCAAUGUUUUCCUCUUUCAGGUGGCAGCGGAACUGGAUCGCUCUGAUACUGCGAAAUUUCUGAUAGAGCGGUCAGCGGAAGCUAGCGUGGUCGAUGACAGUGGCAUGACAGCCCUGGUGUUAAUGAUUAGCAAGAUGCCUAGCGUGGUAAGUUAGUCUGUUUACAAACCAACUUAAUUCUCCUUCCAAGGAACGCGGUUCUUUUGGGCAGCGCUCCUGUAGACCCUGGCGGGCGCCAAAAUGAUCGCCAUUGAUGUGUAUUUUUACUGUUUCAUCUAAUUCGCAAUGAAUAUUCACACAAAUCUCUAUCAAUUUGAAGAGUAAAAGUGUCUUAGGUCUGGGUGCUCUCCUAUGGAACGAGAGAAUGCUUUAUAAGUGGCACACGAAAGAACUCACCUGACCUACUCAAAAACACUUUAAGAUCGGAUGGAUCAGUAUUUCGACAUUGAUUCAUUAAUUAAAUAUUAGUUAAAACUUGCUAAUUCAGGAUCCUUCUCUUUUUUUUCCCUUUUUCAGGCAAAAGUGGCACUAAAUCAAUUUUAUUCCACUGACAGAGCCAAUAGAAAGCAGUACUUUCACUUAAAUUACCUUGAGCCUCCAGUACCAACCUGUUUGAGCAGCGGUUGCGCCAAGACAGCUCUAGAAGUCAUUGUUCAGCUAAAGCAGUUUGAUCUAAUCAUGCAUCCUGUCAUACAGAGACUUAUUGCAGCAAAAUGGAAUUACUUUGGGAAGCGGGGAGCCUGGUGGCAAGUCAUAACAAACUUGUUUUUCGUGAUAUUGUGGACCGUGCUUGGUGUUAGCACACCAUAUAAGGCAAAUGAACUUUUUGACCCAAUUGAGAAGAAGUGGUGGAGGGUUGUAAUAGGAUCGCUAGCGUUGUUAAUGACGCUUAAUUUUAUCAGGCAGGAAGUCAUGGAGUAUUUCGCUUCCAAAAGAGAACAUAAGCUGUGGGUAAAGUGGCGGGAAGAUGAACUGCGAGGCGACUUAGAGUUCUGUCAUCCGAGGUGGCCGGGAGAGAGACUCUAUCUAAUGCAGGAAAUCGACUCGCUGCGUCACCAAGAACCUUCGUAUCUUAAAGACGCUUGGAAUUUCGUAGACUGGCUUUCCUAUUUUUUGAUUGUUGCUUCCAUCGCAACGCUUUUCAUAGCGUAUGUUUUUAACGACCCAAUGGCACUCUCAGUACACGUAAAUAUACUCUCAGCGACACUUAUCGUACUUUGGACUCGUCUAAUGAAGUACGCACGCGCAUUCACUACGUUAGGGCCCUUCGUGGUCAUGCUGGGUCACGUGAUAUACGAUGUGCUAAAAUUUGGCUUUCUGUUCUUUAUAUUCUACAUUCCGUACGCGGCCUCGUUUUGGAUGGUGUUCAGUCGGAAGAGGGUGGACGGCUACUCAUCGAUCACAGACCUCUUAUACAGCAUGUUUAGAAUGACUGUCGUUGAUGAGUACAACUACGACGGUCUGUCAAGAGUCCAGCCUAUUAUGGCCAAGGUACUUUGUGGCACUUACAUUGCAGUCUCGGGCGUGAUUUGUCUAAACCUUUUCAUCGCUUUGAUGUCGGAUACCUUUCAAAGAGUCUACGACAAUGUGAAAGCAAAUGCUGUUAUGCAGCAAGCCAGCACUAUUCUAUCCUUGGAGAAAAGUCUGUCUGUCUCAAAGCGACGAGCGUUUACGAACUUCAUCUACACACGAUGUAAUCCAGAAGAGAUGUAUUACGAUGAUGAUGUAGCUGGCGAAGGAGAAGAGAAGGAUUUGCAAAGAAUGACCCAUCAGAUAAAGGAGCAAGUUGAUAACAUUUUCAUGCACGUAAAUGAGCAGGAAAACGAUAGAAAAAAGAAGAACGGUAGUGGCUCUUCGAGUGAUCUGCACAAACUACGCGAAGAAGUGAAAAGACUGGAACAGCAGCAAAGAGCGCUAACAGCUCAGUUCCAUAAUCAGAUUGCGGAAGUGAAAGAUAUGAUCGGUGAAGUUAUUCAUACUUUGGGAAAACGGAAAAAGAAGAAGCAAACAAAAUAA